UUUGAGGUUCAGUUCAGACACAGACGUACCACAGAUACUUGUACUAUUGGUUGUACUAUUGUGGUUUGGAAAGAGUUUAAGGGCGAGUACUGAAGCCCUUGGAAAUCAGCUUACAUUUCUCAUUUGUUUGGUGAUUUGGUGAGCUUUAACAUACGACAAGAUAUUUAUUUGAAGAAACAUGAUUUCAAUUGAUAAAAAUAAAUUAGAAUCUACUGGAGCAGAUGAAAUGUCAGGAACAGGAUUAUUUCUGGAGAAAGACUGUAUAAAACAGGAGCCUAUCUAUCCAGAAGAAAGAAUAAAACAGGAGCCAUUAUUUCCUGAAGAGCAAUCAAGUGUUUCUUGUUUCUCUGUAAAUAAUGAUCUUCUUGAUAUCAAAUCUGAAGAUAUUCUGGUAGAUGCCUCAUGUGAUGAGGAAAAAAAAACGGUUAAAGAUUUCGUAGUCAACAAUGACCCUCUGAAUAUAAAAUCAGAAGAUAUUAAUUUAACAUUUUCGGAAGAAUCCAAAUUUAACCGAUUUGCGAUUGUACCACAAUCUCUAGAGAAUAGUAUGGAAGGAGCAAUAAUCGAGGCCGAAGGGUUCGUCAAAAAGGAGUGUAAAAGUGGUCUCGUGAAAAGAGAUUUAGAAGCUACACCAGGCAAACAGGACAUUUUCACUUGUGAAAUAUGCGGUCUAGUCUUCAAUUACCAAAAAGGACUGAGGAGACAUGAAAAAAUUCAUAAGAGCCCCUCCGAAGUUCAUAUGUAUGAAUGUGAAAAAUGUUCAUUUCAGACUCGGUACAAACAUAGUUUCAAAGUACACGACUUGAAUGUUCACGGAAGUUCAUCACAGUUGAAAAAGUUCUCAUGUGAGAUGUGUAACUAUGCUACAAACAAUAAAAGUGUUUUCAAGAAACAUUUAAUCGUCAAACAUUUCUCGUUCACCAGUAAGAAGGAAGAGCAGGACUUCAAGUGCAAAUUUUGUGAAUAUACGACAAAAAUAAAGUCUCGGUUAACUUCACAUUUGAGAGUUCACCAAUCGCCGACAGAACUAACUAUGAAUAAGUGUCCUCUGUGCCCGUAUCAGUCUAAACAUCCUUAUGCCGUUUCAAGCCACAUGGUGACACACAAAAGUGAUUCAGAAACUACAUUAUUCGAAUGUGAACUUUGCUCCUACAAGUCCAAAUGGAGUCACUGUCUGAGAAACCAUAUUAAAAUUCACGAAAAGAAUUCAGAGCAUGUGACAAUCCGUAAGUGCGAAAUUUGUGAAUUCACAACCAACAAUAUAUACAGCCUGGAAACUCACAUGAAAUCACAUAAAUUGAAACCUAAAAAGCCCACGGAAAUGUACACGUGUUACAAUUGCGGAUAUCAAUCAAAGGAAAAAGGCAAACUUGUACGUCACAUGGUAGUUCAUAAGCCUUUAUCGCAACUGGAAUUGUUUGAAUGUGAUGUGUGUGGUUUCAAAACAAAAACUAAAGAAAGACUUAGAAAUCACAUCUUAAUGAGGCAUAGACCCCAGUCUAAUAUCGAAAUCAAACCUAAUUUCUAGCAAGGUCAGAAAUACAAAGACAUUACCCACAUCACAAAACAAGGAAGGUGUAAACUGUUUUAGAAAUUGUGUGAUAUGUUUUUACAAUAAUAUUUAAUUUCACUUUAAUUUCACUCCUUGAGGAUUCAAAAAUUAUGUUGUGUUCGAGAAAUAAGAGAAAUUGUCCAAGUUUUUACAAAUAGAUUUUUUUGAAUUCCACUCUUAGGGGUAGAAAGCGGACCAAUUCUACAUUUGACCAGGUAGUUAUGAUUUUUAUGUGUUAUUCGGGAUGGUUAAAAGGUGAAACGCCCAAGUUUUCGUCAUGCUCACUUUUCCUUGCCUUCUAUCAUCUUGAAAAACCACCCGAAAUACAGCACUUUUUUUAUUUAAAUGUGUAUGAGAAAGUGAAUGUGGUAGAGAUGGUCUCAGUUAACACUUUGCCUUUCUGCUUCUCCAUUAUUACAUAAAAAAUAGAAAACUUAUAAAAGAAGGAAUACAAAAAUUAAAUACGUCUCACAAAGAAGAGUAGCAAUUACUUUUUUUUGCAUUUAAUUGUUCACUCACCCCAAAAAAUUCGCAUUGGAGUUAAGAUGUAUCAUCUACAAGAAUGCUUCACUAGAUAAUAUAUAAAAGAAUAUUGUUUAGUUUCGAAAGAAUCCGCUAGAAGUUCUCUUCAAUUAGGUUUCUUAUAUAUAUACGAAUUUGUUCAUUGGGUUCAUUACUAUUUCCAAUAAUA